AUAUCUCUACUUACGGACACAGCGCACAAUCGUCACGCCACGUUCACCUGGAGCGUCGUUCACCACCCGUCGCUCUGGACGUUGCACUCAACUCUCACCCCGGCGCGCUCUCAAUUCGUUGACUUUGCAACCUGCAGUGUAUUGUCAUAACGAAAAUACCUCGGACCAAGGUGGUCAUUCUAGACGCGCCGACCGGGUAGUAAUAUAACAACUACCUGCUCCGGUUGCUUGCGAAGAAGCCGUGGUAUUCGUUGCAGCCAUGGGUGGCUGUAUGUCAUCUCAGGGACGCGAGAGCCCCGACCUGGAUCCAGCGGGCAGGGUUGUGCCCGCUGAUGCGUCCAGCGCCUCGUGCAGCACAAAUGCCAGCAACACUCCUACUAAAUCAGUCUUCCCACCAAACGGUGACGUUCCCGUCGACAAUCGUCCCAAGCUACAGCAGCAGCCGAGACGGAAAAGCUUGGAUGCACCGGCGCCGGUGAUUCCGUCACGUGAUGAGCUAAUGGAGGCCAAGCGUAAGGGUGUGGAGCUCUCUGCAUCGCAAACCGAGUUCUUCCGCAUGCUGGAUGAGAAAGUGGAGGCGGGAGGACCGGGUCUUUUAGACGAGAAUGACUCAGCACUAGUCGUAUCCCCAAUCGGCCUAUCACAUUCCGCCGUGGUAGCAGAAGGUAUUGACCAGUGCAACAGCGGGCAUGGUUUGAUCACGACAUGAAUUGAAGACAGUGUCCACCAGCACUGUGCACCUACUCAGGACACCUGAUGAUGCCUGAUAAUCAACGUGUGUGAAUGACGGCCACACUCGCCAUAAUGUCAUUGUGAGUUGGAUGACCUGGCCAAUGAGGUCAUUGUGAGUUGAAUCACCUGGCCAAUGAGGUCAUUGUGAGUUGGAUCACCUGGCUAAUGAUGUCAUUGCCAAUAGCCAUGAUGUCAUCAAGAAACAUCCGUCCCUCGUGUUCAUUUGCCAGGAGUUCAUGCAUAGUGCAUGCCCACCCAUGAACAUCUCCUGCUCUUUGCAGCGCUCCAACUGAGUGUGGCAUCUUUUUGAAUUAAAUAAUUAUCCUUUCAAUGUGUAUUGCCUAACCUCCUCUUUCAGCUGGCUGGAUCAGUUCUGAACUUCUUACUCUCGCAGUGUCCAACAUGGGCCCCCGUCCCACCGUCUCUCACGAUGUCAGACCUGCUUUUUCGACACUUUCCUCUUCUGCACCGAGCACGCUUCGCAUACCCCCUCCCCUCCGUGUGAUGCGGCGCGCCUCUGCACACAUGCAUCCCAUAUGUUUUAUUUAUGCUCGUUUUAUCCAUGCACGUCCGAAUCUCCACCAUGACGCGGAACACAGUGCGCGCGACGGUAGUCCGCCUGAGAUCUUGUGUGGAGGCAUAGCGUUACGCCCACCCCUGCAUCAUGCUGCUUGAAAUACGCUUCCCGGCGGCUGCCUUGAUGCUUGAGCUUCGACCUGCACUCCCGGCUAAACUGAGAUAUCCGUUGUAUAAAGUGAGUGCAAAGACAUGCUGCGGACGCAGUAUGCUAUAGUGCAGCGUACAUUGAUAUGCAGCGGCGGCUCUUUGGCAAAUUAAUUUUCUAGCCGUCCACUCGCACAUAGACUGGCCAUGGUGCCGUCUGACAUAUUUUUUUAUCGGAGAACCAGGGUAUUUACCUAUUCGGCCAAAUUUUACUCAAUUAUUUGUUAUAUAUAAUCCUGGCAACUAACAUUUUCUGUGUCUUCUUUCUCUCGCUGGGUUCCGUGGAUUGCUUUGCUUGCUGCCGUUUCUUGGAGACUGCGGCGAGUUACACCCGUCUUACUUUAAAACUGCUUACAUCUCCUGUGUUUUUGGAGCCACAUUUUCACAGGCCAGGGCAAGGAGGACGCUCAAUCAGAA